AUGUGGUUGAAACAAGCGCAGAUUGAGGAGUGCGCGCGCGUCGCGCACGAGAAGUGCUUUUCAUGUUUUCAAAAACACCACGACGACGAAGAAGAAGAAAACGCGAUGAUGAAAACGACGAACGAAGAGAAAGAGGCUGAGUUUUACCUCUCCUUGCCGGCGCAUAAACGACCAAAGUGCGUAGGAAACGUGAAACUCUAUUACUUUUUCGCCGAGUUGCGAGAGCAGACGAUGAAGAUUAACACAAACAACAAAGGCAACAGCAACAAUAAUUCGCACCAGCACUCGGUGGUGGGAAAAGUGCAAGAAUCCAUUCGCAAGUGCGAAAUACAAAUAAAAGAUUGCGAAACCGCGAACGGUUUAACCGGCGUUGGUCCCAAACUUUUGAAGUAUUUCGAAACAUUUUUCCGUUUGUAUCCUCCCUCGCAGAGCAAAGAGAAAGAGUUGGAGAAAGAGCGCCUUUUGCAGCUGGUCAAAGAGCGCGAGAAAAUAAAAAGGAAACAAGAGAGAGCGAAGAAAAAUGUGGGCACGACGACCACCAAGACCACGAUGAAGAACAUAAACGACAACAAUAAGCGCGGACGAGAAGAAGAUGGGUGGGGGAGAGGAAGAGAUAUAGGAGACGUUGAAGAACAAUUAGAGUUACGAAGGGCUUUCAGUCAGGAGCAACCGAGUCAAUCAAUGCUGCAACAGAAACAGAGAAAGACGGCUUCGUCUAAAAAGUGGCACCCGAAAUACAAGACAGCUCCUUUUGCGCUUUUGGCGACGUUGCAUAAACUCAUGCUGGAAGGCAAAAAGCAAUGCACGAAAGACGAACUGAUCAACGCUACCGAUGCAUCUGGUUUAUCGAACAUGUCGAUACGACCAAGAGUAGAGGCUUUUUCGAGAGAGCAAGCAUCUUAUCAAGGAAGGGAUAUGUCUAGUCAAUAUUCCGGAUGGAGUUGCUUCAACAAAUACCUGAAAAACGCACCGACCGGUCACGAAGCACCGAUGGUUUUUACGUGGAGUAACCCGAUGAUUAUUCGCUUAACGGACGAAGGCACGAUUGUUGCGGAGAAAUGUCACCGCGAGGCUGAAAUACACGGCGAUUGUACCUGUGGUCUCAUCAACACGGACAACACGAACAAUCCAUCAAUGAAUUUAGCGGCGAAACAAUCUCAAGAGCGAGAAAAUCAGAAAAUUAACGUAGUGUCGCUUCUUUCAGAUAGCGAUGAGGACUGUUUUAACGGCGACGCGUCGCGUGAACGACAGUUUGAUGCAAAAAUUAGCAAGAACAACGAUGAAAACGAGGAUACUAAGACGGUAACGAAGAAGAAGAUCAAUAGUAAAAACGUUGUACGAAAUUGGCAUGGCAUCGCCGCCGAGGAAAACGACUGGAAUAGCGCGGCUGAGCUCGAGGUGCGUUUACCGCCUUUGCAACCGGGCGAAAAGUUUCAAGACGUGUACGACGUAGUUUUUUUGUUUGAUAACCGUGAGCAGUACGAUAAAGAUUUCAGACCAGAGCAUUUAGUGAAGUAUUUUGAAAACGUGAAUCUUCGCGCUGAGCAGUGCUUCAUUACGAUUGGAGAUGCACUUUGGGUUGCCGAAGAUAGAAAAAGCAAAGAGCGCUUUUGCCUCGAUUAUAUUCUGGAAAGAAAAUCCGUGGCAGAUUUAAGCGGUUCAAUCACGUCAGGUCGAUACAUUCGUCAAAAGUAUCGCUUAGAUAAGUGCGGUUUAGAGAAGGUGAUGUAUUUAGUCGAAGGAAAUAUCGAGCGCGACUUUCACUUGGAAGAACGCCAGAAAUUGGCAGUCAAAUCUGCGUUGAUUGAAACAGACAUCCACGAUGAUAUAUACAUGCUUCGAACGGAAUCGCUGGAAAAAACGAAGAAACUUUACGUCGACCUCACGAGAUCCAUACAAGAUUUGUAUAACCCGAGAGUAGGAAGAGACAAAGCCGCGCAGCGAGCUUUCUUCGCCAACUGUCUUCCUACGUUCAACGCGUUUCAUGAAAAUAUGAAAAAUUUUGUGGCGAGCGAAAGCACGGUACAAAAUACGUGGGGAGUAAUGCUCGCUCAGGUGAAAGGAAUGGGUCCGGACUCAGCGGAAGCAAUCGUGAAUCUCUACCCAACACCAAUAUCCUUGUAUGAAACGUUCAAUCGAUUGAAUUGGGACGAGAGUCGAUGCGUCGAUUUGAUUGCACAAAUCCAACCGAAGGAGAGGAGAAUCGGACGUUCAGCCGCGCAAAACUUCUACGAAGCUUUCUUCAAAUGA